UUUGAUAUUUGCGUCUUAAAGUCGCCUUAACUGCACCAGCUGAAAGGUGAAAACAUAAAUACGAGAACCAUGAAUGUUGUUGCGAGCGCUAUCCUAAUUCUUGGAUGCAUCGCCUUUGGUGGAAAACAAAAUCAUGUCGAAGGCUGUGGGGGCUGCGGACCUUCACCAAGACAUGGUCAGUGGGGCCCUUGGAACCCAGCCAGCUGGGAAGAGGCACAAUGUUCCAAUGGUUACAAGACCAGAAGUAGAAACUGUGACAACCCAGCCCCAGCUCAUGGUGGACUUGACUGUUCUGGCAAUCGCUAUGUCACCAUAGACUGUAACGAGUGUAGCCAUGGCAACGGGGGAUGCGAACAAUUAUGCGUUAACUACGAUGGUACCUACUCAUGUCGUUGCAACCCUGGUUACAAAAUUUCUCCAGGAAACUGGAAAAAAUGUGAUAGAAUUACCUGUGACACCAGUGAGUGGUCAGCUCCCAGCCAUGGACAGAUAUCUGCACAAUGUGCAGGUCAGUUACAGGUGGUUUCUGGGACGCGUUGCGAGGUUAACUGUGAUGAUGGGUAUGAACUAAGUGGCCAUUCAAAUUCUGUUUGUGGCAUUGAUGGGGAAUGGGAUCCAAGGACAACAGCAAACUGUAAAGUACAUCAGUGUCCACCACUAACUGAACCGGAUAAUGGGCAAAUUACUCCUUACAUAUGCAAAACCAAGCCUCUGCAUGGCGAGACGUGUCUACAUGAAUGUAAGCCAGGAUUCAGAGUCGUUGGCCCCAGCUCAAGCAAGUGUGACAAUGGACAUUGGAGAAAUGUAGGGUUCUAUUGUCAAGAUUAUGAAGCCCCUUCAUUUGGUGAAACAUGCCCAUCUGCACGAAGUGUUUUUGCUGACGAAGGAAAAACGUCGGCCACAAUAAGCUGGCAACCAGUCAUAGCCACUGAUAAUGAUCAGGCCAUCGUGUCUGUGUCUCCUCAAGUGACAUCUCCGCACAUAUUUUCGGAGGGGAACCAUUCGAUAACCUUCACUGCCACAGAUCUAUCUGGGAACGCGAAGUUUUGUCACUUUCAAGUUAAUGUUCAAGUACUUCGAUGCCCCGUUCUACUCGCCCCUGCAAACGGAAGACUGGAGAAUGCCGCCUGUGGAAACUUAUUCGGCAGCACCUGCCGCUUGACGUGUAAUAAAGGAUACGAAAUAAAAGGAACUGAGGAAAGAAAAUGUGAGAAAAAACCUGGGACGAAUACAGUGCACUGGACGGGAAAUGGUACUCACUGUGAAGCUCUUCAAUGCUCUGCUCUGGAUAAUCCAGGUAACGCAGUCAAAUCAGGUUAUGGUUGUACUGGCGCAUCCUCUAUCUAUGGUACUUCCUGUUUCUUUUCUUGCAUGAUGGGAUACCACGCUGUGGGCGGAUCGCUGAAACGAACAUGUCUGCAGAAUGGGAAAUGGAGUGGAACCAAGCUUCAGUGUGAAGCUAUCACCUGCCCACCGUUUUCCAUUCAAUCAGAAGGACUAAUUAUCGGCCCGGCAUCCUGUACCAAUGCAACUGCUGUUCUAAAUUAUAACUCAGAGUGCUGGUUCUCCUGUAAGAGUGGAUAUCUACAGGGUGGGCCUGGAAUCAAGACUUGCAAUCAGAACAACGAUUGGUCUCCUCUAGGAAAUCCUUCUUGUAAAGAUGUUUCCGCGCCAGUCUUUGCAGACUGCCCCGCCAACAUUGUCAUCACUGCUGAUAGAGGUGAAACGUCAGCCCAAGUGACUUGGGUCCAUCCGACGUGUACAGACAACUCUGGCCUUGUUCCAAACAUUACACAGUUUGGAAAACAACCUGGGAACACAUUUUCCGCUGGGGAACACAAUAUACGAUACUUAGCAUCUGAUAGAUCAGGGAACAUUGCCGAAUGCAGAUUCAAGAUUUUUGUUCAAGUUUUGCGGUGCUCACCUAAACUACAAGCUCCAGCGGGAGGAGGCUCGCUUUGCACCAAGGGUAAUCAGUAUGGAUCCAAAUGUUCCUUCGCUUGUCACAUUGGACACAAGAUGAUAGGCUCUGCCCUCCGGGUAUGUGAGAAGGACCCGGUGACUUCUUUGGGUUUCUGGACAGGAAACGAGACAAAAUGUGAUUUGAUCAGGUGCCCGCGUCUAAUUCCUCCCGACCACAGUACACAAUAUGGAUGUUGGCGUGGCUCUGUGGAUAACACUUAUGGUGACAAAUGUUUGUUGUACUGUGACGUCGGGUACCAGCGUGUAAAUGGUUCCACCGAGAGAAUCUGUCAAGCUAAUGGUACAUGGUCUGGAGAAGAGCCCUUCUGUGAGGCUGUCCGCUGUAAGUCUUUACAAGCUCCAAAGGAUGGCGAUAUCUCUCCAAGUUCUUGCACAUCGUCUCCGGAGUACGACACCACUUGUCUUUUCUCUUGCCGAAAAGGCUACAGACUGCAUGGAGAACCAAUAGCAACUUGCCUUGGAGAUGGAAGAUGGUCAAGAAACGCCACUGCAAUGUGCAGAGACGUGGAAAGCCCUUCGUUUGGCUUUACCUGCCCAAGCCAUAUCAACUCGUACGCAGACAAGGAAAGAAAUUACACGCAAGUGUCCUGGCCUCCUGUUAUUGCCACUGACAACUCUGGUCUGGUACCGACUGUGACUUCGAGAGGUGUGCAAGUCAUAUACUAUAAUGGGAAGCACGAGGUCACUUACAACGCCUCUGAUGUAGCAGGAAAUUUCAAGAUCUGCAAGUUUCACAUCACCGUUGAAAUCUUUAGAUGUCAGACACUGCUACCUCCGCUUGAAGGAUCCUUUUUGGGAGAUUGUGACAACAUUUAUGGUUCGACGUGCAAAGUGGCUUGUAAAGAUGGUUACAACCUUGAUGGGUCUAGCGUCCUCACUUGCCUCAGGAAACCAGGUCACAUAACAGGAUAUUGGAACGGUUCUUUCCCAGUCUGCCAGGUACGGAGAUGUCCUUCUCUGAGUUCUCCAAGGUACGGCUUUAUUUACCCCCGUAUGUGCAAGUCGUCUCCAGUCAGCGGUACAGCCUGCUACUUCGAAUGCAGGAAUGGUUUCCUUGAAAAUGGUGGAGAAACUGUGGUCUAUUGUGAGAACGAUGGAAAAUGGAGCAAAAACAUAUCUUCGAUAUUAAAAUGUCUUGAUGUGUCACCACCUGUAUUUAGGAAUUGUCCCUCAGACAUUCGUGUAAACCUCAACGCAAAUUCAACAGCAGUGGCAAACUGGACUGCUCCAGUUGCAUUGGACGACAGCAACGUGGUACCGCAACUGACAGUCUUCCCUCAGGGCAUUAAGCCGCCUCACGUGAUCAAUGAGACACUUCUGGUUGAGUACACGGCCAAGGAUCCAAGCGGCAACGUAGUCAAAUGCUCUUUUAGAAUAAUCCCAGAAGAUAAUUCGGGUCCUGUGGUCGUUUUCUGCCCUCCAAGUCAAAACAUCACAUCGGAAAAACGAAAAAUAAGCGUAACAUGGCCAGAGCCUCAGUUUAAAGACAAUAGCAACAGCCCGCUACAAAUAACGUGCAGUCGCAAAAGUGGCACUGUCUUCUACUGGGGAAGCUAUACAGUACACUGUAUGGCAUAUGAUAACAACCCCAACAACAAGCCAGGAGUCUGCAAAUUUGAGCUUACCAUAAGACCAAAAAAAUGCAAUGAAAUGAAACCUCCGAUCAAUGGUGCUGCCUCUUGUGAUGACUGGAUGUUCGGAAGGCUAUGUACACCGAGUUGUAAUAGAAAAUUUGAUUUUAGCGAGCCUUUGUUGAACAGCGUUUGGACUUGUGGAGGAUCUGGUACCUGGACUCCUGGGUAUCGUUGGCCAGACUGCACAGAAAAAUCUCAUCCCAAUAGAGUAAGAAUGGCAAUGGACUUACACUACUAUGAUGGAGAUUGUAGCACAAACGAAACCCAGACUCAAAUAAAGGAACUUUUUAUAAAGAUUAUCAACACGUCUGCUUUCCGUGAAGCCUGUCAAGAUCCAUCUUUCAGAGAUAAGUGUAAAGCUGAGAACGUUGUGGUCACGUGCGGGGAGGUCGACGAGUCUGUUGGCAAUAGAAAAAGGCGUUCGACAGGUGAUAACGAACAUUUCAGAAAAAGGCGAUCUGUUCUACAAACAACAGUCACCGUCGAGAUCAUUGUUGAGCUUGAUGGAGUUGAAGGAAACGACACCAGCGAAGAUUACAUAAUGAUUGGAGAGGAAGGAAUGAAAGUUGCCCACAAUAUUAGCAAUCUGAUUAAACAAGCAGCUCAAAAUGGCAGCCUUCGGUUCUCAGUCAAUAGCUCAGAUUUUGUCCCUGACAUAAAAACGCUCAACAUCUCCGAUCCUCAGCAGCUUUGUUAUACUGGGCAGAUUUACAGGAAUGGAUAUUGUCUUAACUGUAGCUCUGGAACGUUUUUGAACCAAACGACUGCAAAAUGCCAAGAUUGUCCUCACGGAACAUAUCAGGACUCUGAAGGAGAACAACAAUGUCUGUCCUGCCCAUCAGGAACCUCCACUGUAGAAUCGAGGACAGCAAACCGCUCCAGUUGUUUUGCCUAUUGCAAAGCUGGUAGCUACUCCCCCACGGGUCUUGAACCAUGUUUCCCAUGCGACAAGGGCUCUUACCAAAACAAGAAUGGGCAGAAAAAUUGCUUGCCAUGCGCAGCAAACCAGACGACGUCAUCUGAAGGUUCCAAUAGCUCUUUGCUGUGUGGAGGACCUUGCCACCCUGGCUCGUUUUCCCCCAGUGGAUUGGCACCGUGCUCUUUAUGCGACCAGCGUUCUUUCCAGCCGCGUAAUGAAAGUCGGAUUUGUUUUCCAUGCCCAGGAACCACUAUAACAGUAUCUCCCGGAUCAAAGACCGCACAAGAUUGCAUAGAAAUCAACGAAUGCGAAUCAGACCCUUGUAACAACAAUUCAACAUGUACAGACCUCAUCGGUGACUACCUGUGUUCUUGUACCUCCGGUUACACUGGAAAGCAGUGUGAGACCAACAUUGAUGAGUGUCAAGACCAACCUUGUUUCCAUAACGGCACAUGCCACGACCUUCUUAACAAUUACACCUGCAAUUGCACGCAAGGUUUCCGUGGAAUUAACUGCGAAAAGGAUAUCAACGAAUGUGAUUCGUCACCAUGCGCCAACAAUGCUUCCUGCCAAGAUCUCCUCGGAGGAUUCAAAUGCCAGUGUGAACCUGGUUACACUGGCGAGCUCUGCGAUACUGAUAUCGAUGAUUGUCUUAUUUCCCCUUGUCAGAAUGGAGCUACUUGCCGAGACGGCAUCAAUAACUACGAAUGUGUGUGUGCUCUGGGAUACCAAGGGGAUAACUGUCAAGAGAAUAUUGAUGACUGUGCAAGCAAUUCUUGUCAGAACGGAGGCCAAUGCCUCGACGGUAUUGGCAGCUAUCUGUGUAUUUGUCCAAAGGGAUUUACUGGUAGUAUUUGUGAGAUAGACAUUAACGAAUGUGUGACAGCAGACUGCAAAAACAACGCUACUUGUAUUGACGAGAUAGACGGAUACUUUUGCCAGUGCGAGAAAGGAUUUUCUGGAAAGACGUGCGAGAUUGAAAUUGACGAGUGUUUCUCCAAUCCAUGCAAGAACCAAGCGCAAUGCAUGGAUAUGAUUAAUGGGUAUACAUGUGACUGUCAAGAUGGUUUCGAUGGUUUACAUUGUGAGAACAACAUCGACGACUGUGCUUCAAUUCCUUGCUCAAACAAUGGCAUCUGUCGCGAUGGUAUUAACAAUUUCACCUGCGCAUGUCCGUCUGGUUUUACGGGUGCGCUGUGCAACGUGGACAUUGACUAUUGCACCUCCAAGCCUUGCUAUAAUAACGGUUCAUGUUUUGAUGACAACACGUCUUUUAAGUGCCAGUGUCCCGAUGGUUUUGAAGGGGAGCACUGCGAAAUCAAUGUGGACGAUUGCAAAAACUCUACCUGCAUGAACAACAGCACUUGCAUUGACGGCAUAGAUGAGUAUGAAUGCGCAUGUUCUGAAGGUUUCGCUGGCAUCAGCUGCAAAAUAAAUGUUGAUGACUGUGCGGGAAACCCAUGCGUCAACGAAGGAACAUGCACAGACCUGAUAAACGACUACCAAUGCAACUGCAAGUUGGGUUACACAGGGAAAAACUGCAGUGUGGACAUCGACGAAUGCACAAGUUCUCCUUGUAACAACAAUGCUACGUGCAUCGACCAGGUGCAUAGUUACACUUGCCUCUGUAAUGUUGGAUUCAGUGGAUCCCAUUGUGAAGUUGAUGUAGACGAGUGUGGAGCAAACUAUUGUAGUAAUGGAUCCACCUGUAUAGACGACGUAAACGGCUAUAGCUGUAAAUGUGCCCCAGGCUUCUCUGGUGACGAUUGCAGCACGGAGAUUGACGAAUGUGCAUCUUUUCCAUGUGACUAUGGUGGGACAUGUUAUGAUCAGGUUAAUAGCUUCCUAUGUUUCUGCAAACCUGGAUUUACAGGCCAUCGGUGUGAUGUGAAUAUAGAUGAAUGUGUCUCCAGUCCAUGUCAAAACAAUGGCACGUGCAUGGAUCGUGUGGCAAACUUCUCUUGCCAGUGUCCAGUAGGAUUUAAUGGAUCCCAGUGUGAAAACGCCAUUGACUAUUGUUCCGAUUCGGGUAAUUGCACUGUAAAUGGGCAAUGUGUAAAUUCUCGAACAGAUUUCUAUUGCAACUGCAGUAGUGGGUAUUUCGGGAAAUACUGCGAGUUUGAAAUCGACGAAUGCUUGGCAAAACCCUGUUUCAACAACGCUACCUGCCGUGACGCCAUUGGUGACUUCUCUUGCUCCUGUUUAGACGGAUACACAGGGAAGCUCUGUGAACUGAACAUUGAUGAUUGUAGGAACAAUUCUUGUCAGAACAACGCGACUUGUGUUGACCGUACCCUUGGGUAUUCCUGUCUCUGUGCCGAAGGUUACAAUGGGACCCACUGCCAAACAGAAAUCAAUGAAUGCGAAUCCAAUCCAUGUUUAAACAAUGGCUCAUGCAUUGACCUGACUCCUGGGUACAAGUGCGACUGCUUUGACAAAUUCAUUGGGGAAAACUGUGAAAACUUGACGGAUCUCUGUUUAUCUGCGCCUUGUCGGAAUGGAGGUAGAUGCAAAACUGAAAGCGCUGGGGAAUACUUCUCCUGUACGUGUCCAGCUGGUUUUACAGGAAAAACUUGCGAAGUUAACAUCGAUGACUGCGUUUCGAGUCCUUGUAUGCCAAACUCCUAUUGUCAAGACCAGGUUAACGGGUAUGCAUGUGAAUGCUUCCCUUCUUUCAUGGGAGAUCGCUGUGAUAUCUUUCUGGGCAGCAACUUUGAUCUGAAAUUUGCGCGGAAAAGUAAGGACGACAUGGUUCUUCUGUCAGACGGUAAAAGUAUUCCCAGCAUGAGGUCGUUUACAAUCGCCCUUUUUGUCCGUGUGGACUCAAGAUUCCAGUCAGGGACAUUGUUUAGUUAUAGUGUUCCCCAGCAGUCGCAGGACAUCAUAGUACUAUCGUUUACAGAGUCUGAAAUCCUCCUGGAAAUCAAAGAUAAAGUAAUAAAGACGAGUUUCAGGCUGCUGGAUGAUCGUUGGCAUUACGUGGGAGUUGUUUGGAAUGGAAUCACUGGAGAUACUUUCGUGUACGUGGAUGGAUCAGAGAGAGAACAUUCCAAGGAUGUAAACACCAGAAGUAUUAUAAUGGGAGGUGGUUGGAUCGUACUGGGGCAGCGAUAUCUCGCAGAUGGACAGAAUCCGACUGAAUCGACGGCUUUCGUGGGCACUCUGCACCAAGUUAGCCUAUGGGAUGUGCCAGCAUCAGCAGACCACAUGUGGAAUGCCGCACACAACUGCACCUGGCCCAUUGCAGGAAGUGUGCGAGCAUGGAGCAGCUUCCUGCUUGGGAUAAAAGGAGAAGUAGAGAAGAGGUUUAUGACGCAAUGUAAAGCUUUGGACGAUUGCACAACAAAUUGCUCCCACUUUCUCCAUUGUGAGGCUCGUGAAGCACGUUACCACUGCGAGUGUCAGCCUGGGUUUUCAGGUCCACACUGCAAUAUCGACAUCGACGAUUGCAGUUCCAAUCCCUGCGUCAAUGGAAAGUGUGUAGAUGGUGUAAACCGAUACGACUGUGAAUGCGAUAGUGGGUAUUAUGGCACUGACUGCAAGCAGAAGAUCAUCGAGGAAAAAGUUUGCCCAAAACUGGAGAAACCCAGGAAUGGUCAAACGAAGUGUCGAAAGCUAUCUGGAAAACUAUUGUGUAUCAUGUCUUGUGAUGAAGGACACGCAUUUAAUUCCGGGGCAAUUACAAUGUAUGGCUGUGGGCCAGAUACAGAAUGGAAAUGGAAUGGAAAAGAUGAUCUUGGGAUACCCUCUUGCACAAGUGAAGCUGCUCCCAAGGAAAUAGAACAUCACUUUUCUGUAAGGUUUAGUGGGAUUAAUUGUGGGAACAUAAAAACCCACAAGGAUUUACUGAAAGCUGUUAAAAAAGCUGUCAAUGAAACGCUUUCAACAAUCUCAGGAUGCCACGCUUGCCAAUUGACAAAGCUUACCGUUCCUGGAUGUGAAUUGGCGGAGGAGAAGAGGAAAAGGCGAGCAGUCAGCCAUGCAAUGGAGGUUCUCUUCUCAUUAAUGGUGAGAGAAGCUCUUGGUAGUAACUCAUUGAGCGAAGAUGUUCAAGAGAAGAGUGAAGCGGUCCUGUUUCAGAUGAAGUAUGCUGUUGCCACAGGACAAUUCAGGAUAAACGUAAAUGGAAUGAACACUACCGCUGAGAGAUCUUCACUACACCAUCUUUCCUCUAGUGUCACUUGCAGUGCAGGAUAUGUUACAAGCAGCAAUGGAAAAAGAUGUGUGGCAUGCUCAGUGGGAACGUAUUACGAUAAAAACGGCUUCAACUGUACGCUGUGUGGUAAAGGUAGUUAUCAGGACAAGGAAGGUCAGAACAGUUGCGAAAAGUGUGACCAAGGAAAAUCAACGGAUACUAAUGGAGCUGCUUCGAGUGAAGACUGUGUUAGAGAACCUAUUUCUAUCAAAGAAGAUACUGCCACUGGCGUCAUCGUCGGAGUUGUAGUUGCUGUGGUUAUUUCGGUUGCCUUUGCUGCAGCAGUUUUCUAUUAUUACCGCAGAUCGCCCUAUGCGUGUAGUGGCAAACCAAAAAGGGGAAGUGAAUCACGUAUGUUCGAGGAAAGUACCCAACGGGGAGUAUUUAACGAAGCAUUCGAGGCGAACUCCACAGAAGACAGAGCUCGAGAUGAACAAGAAAUGCAAUCUCUAGGAAGUGAUCCCUCAAUGAUAUCAGGACAUACUUAUAGCGAGAUAUCUGAAGUAGGAACAUAUGAGAAUGCCAACGUCGGUUGUCAGAGGGACAAUGAAUCUCAACCUCCAACUUAUCGCAACUACGUUUCGCCUUAUGCUGUUUCUAGGAUCGUUUAAAUUCUUCCCUCCUCACUUCGAAGCAUUUAAUGUGGUCUGCAAACUUGAUCAUCCAUGUAUAUGGCAUUACAUCCGAUUGAAGACGACUAUUCAAUUAAACGGUCUAAUUACAACUAUAGGGAAUAACGAAGGAAUUGCGACGCAAUAACUUGACGAAGUCUUCGUAGUCAUGAUAAGCUGACACAAAGAUUUUUUGAGACAUUUAUGUCUUUGCAGCUAAAGCUGAGACAAUAUAAUCACUGUAGAAAAUAUUCAAUGCUCUAGAAAUGUUUUGAUGACUAGGGCUUCUUAGCUUGAAAACCCAUGAUUAAAACUAAUACUAAGAUAGCCUUCUGGCACUUUCCUUGUUUAGCAGCAUUGCAGUGAGAAUUAAUCAAGACCUUUGAAUCGGUUGUGCGAUCUUCAACCCUUUACACUUGCCUAUCAACCUUCCUUUUUUCAAAUUAAAAAGCAGCUAUCGUUCUCUAGAUGUGUGUUGUAUGAAUUUGAGUAAUGAUAGGUAGUAUGCUAACAAAAUAUCUAAAUUUUGACGGGUCAUGGACACAUAAAAAAGUUAUGGUGUGCAUUAUAGAAACAGAAAAAGUUGUGUGUGUGUUUUUUUCCUCCAUGUAGCCCUAGUUUUUUAACGAAUGUGAUAAAUCAAAAUUAUUAUGAAUCUGUUAGUGUACUUCAGGAGAUAUGAUUCAAAUUUAAUAUCUAAGCGUUACUUAGGUGAGUCGUUACUUAUUUCAUAAAUAUUAUGAAUAAAGGUUUUGAAACAGCA